AUGGGAAUUAAAGGACUUGCCAAUCUCAUCCUCGAUGAAGCAAAACAAGCUGUCCGAGAAGAUGAAUUGAAAAACUAUUUCGGAAGAAAAGUUGCCAUUGAUGCAUCCAUGGCCAUGUAUCAAUUCUUGAUUGCUCUCAAAAACUCUGGAAUGGAUCUCACCAAUGAACAAGGAGAGGUUACCAAUCACCUUCAAGGCUUACUCGCCCGUACCACCAAAAUGUUAGAGUAUGGUAUCAAGCCUUGUUAUGUCUUUGAUGGUAAACCUCCCGAAUUGAAAUCUGGAGAAUUGGAAAAGAGAAGAGAAAAACAAAAAGAAGCCAUGGAACAAUUUGCUUUGGCUUCCGAAGAGGGUGAUGAAGAAAAGAUGGUCAUGUGGAACAAGCGGACGGCUCGACUCACCAAAGAGCAAUCGAAUGAUGGCAAAAAAUUGUUGAGACUCAUGGGUGUGCCUAUUGUGGAAGCACCUGGAGAAGCUGAGGCUCAAUGUGCAGAAUUGUGUCGAGGUGGACUUGUCUAUGCAACAGCUACAGAGGAUAUGGAUGCAUUGACCUAUGCAACACCUGUUCUUGUGAGACAUUUAACAUUUUCUGAGGCUAGAAAACAACCUCUACAAGAAUUUUCAUUGAAACAAGUAUUGGAAGGAUUAGGAGUGACUGAGGAUCAAUUUAUUGAUAUUUGUAUAUUAUGUGGAUGUGAUUAUUGUGACUCUAUAAAAGGUAUAGGACCAAAGAAAGCUCUCUCCAUGAUUAAAAAGUAUGGAAAUAUUGAAACAUUAUUGAAAAAUAUUGAAGGAAAGAAAUUUACACCACCUGAACUGUUUCCCUAUGAAGAAGUGAGAACAAUUUUUAAGAAUCCAGAUGUAAUACCAGCAUCAGAAAUUGCAGAUCAAUUGAAAUGGACAGAACCUGAUGAAGAAGGUUUGAUACAAUUUUUGGUGAAGGAAAAACAAUUUGAUGAAGAGCGAGUGAGAGGAUACAUUAAACGAAUCAAAGCUAGUCGAGGAAAACCAACUCAGACACGACUCGAUGGAUUCUUUAAAGCCUCAGCAUCCUCCUCACAAACAGUCAAAAAGGACACAAAGAAAGACGUCAAGAAAGAGGACAAGAAGAGAAAGGGUGCGCCAAGUAGUGGUAGCAGCGCUGCUAGCUCUUCAAAGAAAAAGAAAUAA